CCACCUCCAGACUUCAACGCAGACAGAGAGAGAAAGAGGAGAAAUAGAAAUAGAGAGAGUGGGGGGCUUCCUAAGAAGGGAAACCGAAGACAGACAAAAAAGAAAAGAAAAAAAAAACGGAAAAAAAGGAAUAAAAGAAAACCCUAGAAAACAGUUGGCUUCCGAUUUAGAAACAUUGAAGCAUUGCAUUUCAAGAUCUCAAUUCUUCAAUCCAGGAAGGGAACUGGUUGUGCUUGGCCAUGGCGAAUUCCAAGGGGUCAACAAACAUAAGAAAUUUGAUGUUUGCUGGAAAACAUGCUUUACUUCCUCCAAAAAGCCCAUUUCCUACAGUCUCCCCAACAUAUACUGAUUAUGUCCCCAACAGUGUAAUUGGGUCAAAAGCAGUUCAAAAGCCUAGAGAGGGAAGUACACACCACCAGCGCACUUCCUCUGAAAGCCUUCUGAUAGAUGAACAGCCUUCUUGGCUUGAUGAUCUCCUUAAUGAGCCUGAGACUCCUGUGCGCAGAGGAGGUCAUCGACGUUCAUCAAGUGACUCUUUUGCAUAUAUUGAUGUAGCUAAUGCUCCUAACCUAGAUUAUGCAGUUCAGGAUGAGUACAGAUAUAAAAAUAUGAUUUCUGCACCUUCUUGGGCAUCUCAGGACUUUGAUUAUCAUGGUCACAAAGAUGCUCGGCUUGCCUCUUUCUACACUGAUGUGAACUUGGUAAAGCAAAAGAAUAGGGCAUGGGAUUCAUCUUUGAAUACUGUGACCCAUCCAAGUGGGCUUCCUCUUAGAGAAAACACCAUUCUCCAGGGUUUAGGUUCAUCAUGUGCACCACAAGAAGUAGAGGGUGCUCCAUCAACAGCAAGCGAUAAACAAGAUUCUGCUGAGUCAUCCCCUCUUGAUGCAAAAGCUUCUUCUGAGAGAAAGGAUAAUUCUCACGCUAAGUCUUCGGCAUCUGACAGUGAUACAAAACGUGCCAAGCAGCAGUUUGCUCAGCGCUCAAGGGUGCGCAAACUUCAGUACAUAGCUGAGCUGGAAAGAAAUGUACAAGCCUUGCAGGCAGAAGGAUCUGAAGUUUCAGCUGAGCUUGAAUUUCUCAACCAGCAGAAUCUUAUUCUUAGCAUGGAGAACAAAGCUCUUAAGCAACGUUUAGAGAGUUUAGCUCAGGAGCAGGUUAUCAAAUAUCUUGAACAGGAAGUAUUGGAGAGGGAGAUUGGUAGGCUACGAGUGUUGUACCAGCAGCAGCAAAAUCAACAGCAACAGCAACCGUCUUCUAGCCAUCGACGCUCUAGCAGUAGAGAUCUUGAUUCCCAAUUCGCGAACCUCUCUCUGAAACACAAGGAUGCCAGUUCUGGUCAUGACCCUGUAACUGGUCCACUCCGCAUUUAAAUAUUUAAUCUAGCCAGAGCUCUUUUAUGCUACUUCUUCAACUGGCUGCUGCAAUGCUGACCAAAUUUAUUGUUUCCCUUGUGCGGGAUAAAGCCAAGUUCAUCCAGUCUUGGUGCCCUCCCUCUGCCUGAUCUUCUCUUUAUCUUUCUGUCAUCUCUUACCCUUUUUUUUCUUUUGACAAAUUAAUAUCCUUAAUGUGCACCUGGUAGUCAUCGCCAGAAAAUUGGAUUUCAGGCUUAUGAUUCACCUGAGGUGGUAAACAUAAGAGCAGGUUCCAUGUUUCACUCCCUCCUGUAUGCUCAUCAAUGGUUACGCAUCAGAAAUUUUAUGUGCUCCA